AUGUCGGUUGUUUCCCUGCUGGGCGUCAAGGUCCUUAACAACCCUGCCAAGUUCGGCGACAAGUACGAGUUUGAAAUUACCUUUGAAUGCCUCGAGCAGCUUGAGAAGGACCUCGAAUGGAAGCUCACCUAUGUCGGGUCUGCCCAAUCUGACCAAUAUGACCAAGAGCUCGAUUCCCUCCUUGUCGGCCCGGUCCCUAUCGGAGUAAACAAAUUCGUCUUCGAGGCCGACUCCCCCGACACAUCACGAAUUCCCGAUGCCGAUAUCAUUGGUGUAACUGUGGUUCUCCUGACUUGUUCCUACGAUGGCCGCGAGUUCGUGCGCGUUGGAUACUAUGUAAACAACGAAUACGACUCUCCUGAGCUCAACGCCGAGCCUCCCACAAAGCCCAUCAUUGAGCGAGUGAAGCGCAACGUGCUUGCUGAGAAGCCCAGAGUGACCCGGUUCGCCAUCAAGUGGGACUCGGAAGCUUCUGCCCCCGCCGAAUUCCCCCCUGAGCAACCCGAGGCUGACUUGGCGGUCCCUGAUGAGGAAGAAUAUGGCGCUGACGAGGCUGCUGAGGAGGCUGAAGCCGAAGCAGAGGCCGAAGCCGAAGGCAGCGAGAAGCCUGCUCCCGCUGCCGGGGAGGACACGGAGAUGGGAGAGGGCGACCAAGAAGCAGUGAACCCUACCGAAGACAAUGAAGAUGCUGUUUCGGAAGACGGCAGUGUCGAUCUGGAGGGCGAGAGUGAGGACGAACUCGAAGAGGAACUCGUUGAAGGCGAAGGCGAGGGCGAAGGCGAAGGCGAGGAAGCUGAGGAUGGCGCCAUGGAAGUGGAUGCCGAUAAGCCUGGCCACGCUGCCGGUGCCAAGCCCGCUUAA